UGAUGAGUGGCCCAAACUCAUACAGACCAAGACAUUCACAUCCGAUCAACGGUUUAUCUCUGAUCCCUCAACAUGUCCUUAAUUCGAACCGGAACACCCCAUCUCCGCGUCUCAGUCGUCCAGCAAUCGAUCCAUUCAAGGCGUUUACUGCUAACGAUCUCGACGGUUUUGUCGAUAGUAUUACUAGCAAGAUUCGCAACGCUCUCUUGGGCAACUCCUCAACCGAUCCCCCCCAGCCUCAAACCAAGACUCAUUCCUCACGUUCUAGCGACGUAUUUGGCAAGUUAGAAUCCAUCCAAGCUUCUAAUCAAUCCAACCUCGCUCCUCGACCGGGCCCCUCUGGCUCUAAAAACCAAUCUGCGGGUGAUGGUCUCGAUGAUACCGUUUCUGAUGAAGAGAGUAGUGACAGCCAUGUUGAAAAUAGCAUUCAACCAAAACUCAAAACAGAUACCCACAUUGUUAUUGACUCAGACGAUGACAACCUAGCAUCUUCUCCUCGUGGCUCUCAAAUUGUCCAGAAUCAGACCAGCCAGAUUUCCCAAAGCGACUAUUCUGACGGCGAUCCAGAUUCGGAUGAUAAAGACAUCCACUCAGAAUCAGAUGAUCAAAGCUCAGAUUCCCCAAACGAUCGCCAUCCCGCUUCUCAAGAUCUUAGUGCUUCCAGUACCUCAUUCCUCAACGAUAAUCAUUCACACGAUUCAGAAGAUAUGGUUUCAAUCGAUGGCUCUAUACAUGGAAGCAUCUCUCAUUCAAUCUCUGCUUCAUCGGAUUCUCUAGAAAUCUCAACUGGACCCAAGCCUCCUGGAGAGCAAGUCCGUGAAGAAAUAGAGGAGGAAGCUCACGCUGGUUCAGAUUCUUCGAGCAUUGUCUUUCAAUCACGUCCUUCAACGUCAAAGCCAUCAGUUUCCAAGCAACCCUUCUCUCCAGGUGCUGGAUCAUCUCAUGAAAGGGAAAAUAAUAUCCAUCAUGAAGAUGACGAUUUUGAUGAUAUGGAGGAGUCUGAAGAAGAAGAUGAACAGGAUGAAGAUGACGAGGAAGAUGCUGAUGAUAAUGAUGAUGAAGAUCUUGAAGUUGAUGGCGAAGAUGAAGGUUUUGACAUUGACAGUGCUGUUGCCGAUAUUGAUGUGAAUGUUGAUGGAGAGGCGGUGGGUCCUACAAGGUUGGCGAAGAGAGAACUGGAAGACGGGGAGAUCGAAGAGGGAGAAUUGGAGACCGAGGAGAAUCGAGACCAUAAUCCAAGGGAUCCUCGCGAAAUGCUGCCCGCCGGGGAUAUUUUGGUUGAUGCCCCUUUCACUUUGGUUCAAGAGAAUACUCAAGACCUUGAUCAAAAUAUUCAUCCUGAUUUACCAGAAUCGACCGAUGUGGAUAAACAAAAAGAUGAUCAUUCCUCCAAGAUUCUUGAUCAACCUAGCGGCACCAAGCCUCUUUUCUUGCCUGCGCUCGAGAAUAAAAAACUAUCACGCGUGGGAAGUUUCUCUGCCGAUGGUGCAAUGAUGUUCCGGCCGUCCAGUGAAAGUUCGGUGGAUCUUGACUCUGAUCAAGGAGACGAAGACGCGCAAGAUGUCGACAAGACACAAGCUCCCGGUGAUGUUGAUGGUUCGCCGAUAAUCGAUCAUGAUCCUCUUGUCUCUGAUCAAUCUCAAAAUUCACCUUCGAUGGUACUUGACCAAUCCCAGCCUCAAUCAUUCUAUCGCCCUGAAUUCCAUCUUUCUGGGUCGGAAUUAGUCCAAGAUGAACAUUUUCUGCCAAUCAACUCAUCGUCCGAGCCACAACAAGGCUCCGAUCGAGCUACCGCGGAAAAUCCAUUGUUGCCUGUUGAAACCAUUGAACACCAAGAUGCCAACCCUAAUCUGGACGGGUCCCCACAAGCUGUCUCGCCUACAUUUGACCCUCGCGAAGUUCAAACCGCAUCGAACAUAACCGACAAUCCCCCGCAAGAAGAGCAAAUCGAAGAUGAUAAUGACUUGUUCGAGGGCGAUGAAGAUUUGAGAUUGCAUAAGCUCGGAGUCGAUCAAUCGCGAUUGCAUAGUCUAAACGAAGAUGAGGAUGGAACCCUGCCCACUGUUGCUCCUUCUGGGGAAGUUGAAGAUCGGUUCUCAACAAUCGAAAGGCAGUUUGAAAACUUCAUCGCACGUACCGUCGAACCACAACUUUCCGCGAUGGAAGAGCAGACUCAGGGAACUGUUUGCGAACUUCCUGUAUCGUCGACUGCUUGUGAUAGCAAUGCGAUCACCAUCAGUCAAUCCGCUGCUGUUCAAAUUGUGGUGCAGCAACCUUUAGAAACUGACAGCCACGUUGUGGAUAAUGCUGUCGACUUAACCGGUGCCCAAGACACCCACACUACCAGUGCUGAAAUUACCCGGCAAGCAAUCGUUGUUGCGCAAACCGAAGAUACCUUCAUUAGCACUGUGGAAGAUGCUCAAUCUCGCGCCUCGCCAGGUGGUCAAGAUGAUUCAGCUCGGCCUUCACUUGACCUCCUGUGGGGAGAACUUUCACCCACAAAUGGCGUCACCCAGGCGACGGAAGAAAGCGGAAUGAACGAACGUUCCAACUUUCGUCAAAGUGUCAAUCUCGAUGAAGAUAUGGAAUCAUCAUGUGAAGCGCCGAAUGAUGGAUCAACUGAUAUGAACCUUCCAUCAAACAAUGGCCCCCAGGCGCAAUUGUCGCCAUCUCAUGAUCAAGACGAUUAUGAUAUGUUGGCGUCUAGUCUCAUAGACGGUAACUCAGAUGUUGUCCCAGCAGAUCCCGAUCAGAAUACUGACAAAGCUGUCGGCAAACAAGAUAUAGAAGUGCCGUCUGAAGAAAAUUUGAAACUUGCCCUCGCUGACAAGGCCCAUGAGAAUAAUCCGCAAGAUGAAAAACCUCAAAGUGGUAACCAAUCUGUUCCACAAGAACUGGGUGCUGAUACCAACCCAUUCGAUGAAUCUUCUCAGCUUGCACUUCUGCCUUGCAAAGGCUCCAUCCGCCCCCCGUCGCCCCCCAAAGCUUCGGACAGCACCAUGGAUGAAGCUGAUCUACUGCUGUCCCAAUUCAUAAACUGCAGCCCUGACACGGUGGACGGCCAAAAUCUAAAUGAUCGACCGGCACCUGUAUGCUUCGCCAACACCCAGUGCGGCUGUAGUGCCGGCAGUCACGUUUGCUACUUCCCCGCCGGCGGAAAUGAACCGUUUUGA